AUGAAGCUGCUCCUCCCUCAUAUUGGGCGCUGGCGAAAGUUGCGCAUCGUCGUCGACCGUGCAGUUUCACUCCCUUGCCCCGGGUUGGAUUUGUGUGGUAAUGCAGCUACUCUAACAAGGCUUCAGCCGGAGUCUAAACUCGAUCAGCCCGCACGAAGGAAUACAAUAGACCCCCUUGCUGAGAACUUCCAAACUCCUGCGUUGAAUGAACUCAUCACGAGCGGACACAUUUUUCGGGAUGCAUAUCUCUUAUCUCCGAAGUCACUGGCGUCUAUCACAACCCUGACCAUCUCCCACUACAUGGUCGACAGCAAGCCCUUCUUCAUCCACCAUCUCAUGCACUGCCUGUACCGCCUACAGAAUCUCACGAACCUUGAACUCAUGUAUCUUGACCUGGACUGCUCGUCGGAGGGGCGAGGGCUAGAUGACGACCAACAGCUCGACAUCGAGCGCAUGCACUUCCAAGGAAUGCAUGUCUCCUCACUCUCCUCAUUCUAUCGUGCCGCGAAUUACCCCCGGUUUAUUUAUCUGACCUUCGUCUGGUGCGAACUCACGGAACCCAUUCAUAUGGGCGGGUGCACGAAGCUGAACCUGUGCAAUCUUUCUCCAGACUCGGGUAUUCGUAUAUUGCUGGAGGACUGGGAUGGUGACAACACGCUGUUCGUCAUUCAGUGCUCCAACUUCAAUGGCCAUGUCCUGCAACAGCUCUCUGAGGAAGUGAGCAUUGGAGAGUGGCUAUGUCCCAGAAUGACAUCCCUGGUCGUAGCAUACUCCACCUCGUUCACCAGUGAGAAUCUCCAGAGAAUGGUGCAGGCGCACCGAGAGGAGCACGCCAAGUCUGGUUUCGCCGAUUGGGACGACCUCGACGAUACAAUUCCUUCUAUUGAAAGCCUUUUGGCGUUCCGCUGUAGCGACCUCGCGAGCAAAGACAAAGCGUGGUUCGACAACAAUGUCCAGUAUGUGUCGUGGGAUGAGUGGUGGGGGGGUAUGAAUAUAGGUGCUUUCAUGGCAGGAAAUGCUGAUGAUUUCGAAAGUCAAUGA